GUGAUUUCCACAAGAUUUAAACGUAUUUGUUUUAUAAUAUUAUGUAUGUAUUUAAUACUAAACCCGGUCCUGGAUAUACUAAAGGUCUUCGUGAUGUUUUUCCAAUAUAAAUCUAAACGUCUUCCCUAGUAUGUAAAUAGAAGGAACAGAAACAUUCCCCCCCUAAAUGGACAAUUGUCAAAGCUUCUAAAGUAUUUAUAAAUGUCAUACAAUUAUUAUUUUCUGUUCAUUUACAUCUAGACACAGAUAAUUGAUUCAAAAACGACAAAAAAAUGCGACAAGAGAAACACAUCAAAUGUUGAAAUUCAAGCAAAGGCGGCUAUUAGAGGAACUUUUCCAUUCAAGAAAUAUGUUUUGAAUAUCUCAAUUGCUGGAAAAUGGAAAUGGAAUCAUCACAUUCAUCUUUUUGGUAUGAAGAGAAGUAUCAACUGAAACUGAAAUAAGUUUAGUAUCUGCAAUGAUUCCAAUUGUUCCUAUAAAAACAUCCUUAUUAUUGUUGAGUUGUGUUAAUGAACUCUUAAUUUCAAACUCAACUAAGACACUUGAAGUAUUUUUAAUAAAUUACGAAGAAAAGUUUGAAAUGCCUGUAUUUCGUUUCGAUUGGAGUAAAGGUAUAGUACCUUUUACCACUGAAACUCCAGAUGUUUAUAUAAUCAAAACGAAUAUCACAGUUUUAAGAACAACAUUCGACUAUUUAGAAAAACGGUUAACUUUCAACCCCAAAGCCAAAUUUAUCUUCGUUGUGGACACCCUGGCAGAAGAAUUAUUUUUGGAAUAUUUUAUGGAAGCAUAUAUCGAAGAAAUAAUAGUGAUAGAACAUACAUCUGGAAAAACAUUUCUCCUCGAUAAAUACAAAACCGUUAGAAAUGGAAAAUCAUAUCCAACUUUGACGAAAAAUUUAGAGAAUUGCAUUUUUUCUGAGGGAAAUAUUAAGUGUAACAAAACUGUUUCCUACCCAAUUGAAUAUACAUCAGUGAGGGUUGGUCUGAGCUACAAUAUCCCCUCAGUUAUACUUGCAGAUGAUAAAUCAACUGGAGGUAUAGACGUUGAAGUUUUGAAAACAAUCGCUGCCAAAAUGAAAUUCUCAAUCUAUUUUGAUACCGUCGAUGAAUUUGCUGGAAUGCGCAUCAAAGAAAAUUUUUCAUUUAAUGGCGCUUUAGGCAGUUUAGAUAAAAAACAAGUUGAUUUAGUUGUGGGAGGAAUUUUACCAAGAAGUGAUUCCAAUGAGUUCUUUGAAUUUGCUGGACCUACUGUGGUAAACCGGUAUGUUUGGAUUGUACCAGCAGCUAAGAUACGUCCUUUCUGGAAACGAUUAUUUUAUACGUACACUUUGUUGGUGUGGACAUUACUGUACUUAACAUUCAUGACUCUUGCAAUAAUAUUAACUUCUGUAAAUGGAAUUAUGAAAGGUACUCUGAGCAUGGAUACUGAAUUUUUAAAAUUAUACGCCAUGUGCCUUACAUCAGUUGAAGUGAAGCAUACAGAACUACUAUCUAAAAAGAUUAUUUUUGUAUCAUGGUAUUUAUUUCUGUUAAUCUUUUCGAACUAUUUCACAGCUAAAUUAUUAUCGAACUUCGUGGUAAAAAAGUACGAAUAUCAACUACAUUCCUUGGAUGAACUCGUGGAUGUCAAUUGGGAUAUUUGCAUGUUCACAGACCUGGCGGAAUACUUGACAUACAUAGGUAAAAAGAAAAUUAUAAAAUGCAACAACUGCGAAUCUUGCACAAACAGAACAGCAUUCAGGGAAGAUUUAGUUUCUAUAAGAAGUGAAAACAUAAUGGCUCACGAUAUGCAAAGGCUGUAUCUCAAUAAAAAUGAAAAAACCAUCCAAUCUUUUCAAGAUUUAAUGAACUGUUGAGUUUAUUGAAAGACAGUGGAAUAUAUGGAAAAAUAGCUAGCAAGUACACUCCGA